GCCCUUUUUCAAGAUGGAGGAAUCCUGCACGUGGGAAGAGGAGAACCCUGCUUCUAGCAGCGGGAGUAGCGGCAGCAGCGAUGAAAUGGAGGAUAUGGAAAUGGAGGAAAAAGAAGAGAAGAAGCAAGGAAAGCCUCAAGCAGGAGCUUAUGUGCCGGGGAAAGAUCCCCCUCCAGCCCCUGGAGAAGAGCUGGUGAUGGACGAAGGCGCAUAUCGACUCUACCAUCGAGCAGGCACCGGGGCUCCUUGCUUGAGCUUUGACAUCUUGCGUGAUGCUCUUGGAGACAACCGAACUAGCUACCCACUGAGCCUUUUCCUUUGUGCGGGAACACAAGCCGAAACUGCCCAAGCGAACAGGUUGCUAGUGAUGAAAAUGCACAAUCUCCAUGGGACCAAGUCAGCUUGCAAAAAUUCUUCUGAGUCAGAGAGUAGCAGCGAGAGUGAAGAUGAUGAUGAGGACAAGAAACCCCAGCUAGAACUGGCCAUGGUUCCCCACUAUGGAGGGAUUAACAGACUGCGAGUGACAGAGCUGGGAGAGACUCAGGUGGUUGCAGCAUGGUCUGAGAAAGGGCAGGUGGAUAUAUACGAUCUUCAGCGCCUCUUGGUGGCUGUUUCUGACCCCCAAGCGUUGGCAGUCUUCUUGCGAGAAGAGCAGGCCAAGAUCAAGCCCAUCUUUUCAUUUACUGGACAUAUGUCAGAGGGCUUUGCCAUGGACUGGUCCCCUAAGAAACCAGGCACUCUUUUGACCGGGGACUGCAAUAAAAAUAUCCAUCUAUGGACACCCAAGGAGGAUGGAUCGUGGUUUGUAGAUCAGCGGCCUUUCACAGCCCACACAGCAUCAGUGGAAGACAUACAGUGGUCCCCAAAUGAAGCUACAGUUUUUGCUUCAUGUUCGGCUGAUGCCUCCAUUCGCGUCUGGGACACACGGGCUGCACCGGGAAAAGCCUGCAUGCUGACCACCAGCAAAGCGCACGAUGCAGAUGUCAAUGUGAUCAGUUGGAACCGAAAUGAGCCCUUUAUUGUUAGUGGUGGUGAUGAUGGGAUCCUAAGGAUUUGGGAUCUAAGGCAGUUCCAGAAAGGUUCAGCGGUUGCCACCUUCAAGCAACACACUGCACCCAUCACCUCAGUGGAAUGGCACCCCACUGAUAGCGGUGUCUUUGCUGCCUCUGGGGCCGAUGACCAAGUGACUCAGUGGGACUUAGCUGUGGAACGUGACGAAGGAGAGGCUGAGGACCCAGCCUUGGCUACCAUCCCACCCCAGCUGCUCUUCGUUCACCAGGGAGAGAACGAUAUCAAGGAGCUGCACUGGCACCCACAAUGCCCUGGCACCCUCAUCACCACCGCCCUCUCUGGGUUCAACAUCUUUCGAACCAUCAGCGUCUGAGGGAAACUUUCAAAAUGGCUGCCCUCUAAAUUCAGGUGGCACUUGUAGGGGUGGUCAAAGGAGUCAAGAUGGUGCCCACCUUUUUACAUGUGCAAUAUAUCAUGCAUACAGAAGUUAUCAUUCUGCUAUAAAAAAAGAAAAUUCAAAACAGGUUUUUUAUGUCUAUAGAACUGUCCCAGGAAAUAUGUGAGCUUCCAUAUAUCUAUUAUAGCCAUAAUGUACAUUGGAAAGGAAACUAUUUUGAAAUAGAUGCAAAAAUGUGUUUAAAUAUAAAUUAUUUUAGAA